AUGUCAGAGUCUCAUUCCCAUCGCACGAGUGAUUUAUCCAAUAUUGAACAUGCCUAUUUUGAAUUAAACAAGGCACUGCAUUUAAAAAUAAAACAAUUAGAACAAUAUGAAUUGUGUCUACAGGAAAGAGAACGAGAGUUAAAUCGAAGAGAAUUGUUACUCAUUGAAAAAUAUGGUUCCGACAAGUGGCUGGAAAGUAAUUCACAGACGACACAACCUCGUGAUCAUUUGGAAAAUGAUGUUAAAACAACACAUGAAAAAUCACUCUCGCACCAGAAAUUAGUGGACGCUAAUGUUUUCACAGUCACUCAAUUUGAUAUUAAUUUUACAAGCAACAAGAUGAAAACAUUUAAUUCAAACAGAGGCGUGAUUAAACACCAUGUGGAUGAUCAACUCUGUGCCUGUAUGGGUCUGAUUGAGGAAAAUUCAUAUGACAAUUUCGAUGUGAUAAGAUUCCAAGUGAAAUUGGGAAAUAAUUGUGAAGGACUCUAUCUUGGAUUUGCUUCUCAAGACGAUUUCUAUUUAUCAGGAAAGAAUUACUUGACUUGUGCUUGGAUGAUACAAAUCAUGUUGAGAGAUGAAAAAAUACAUUUAGUGAAAUUUAGUCCUCAACAAGAAUUUGAAGGUGGAGAGGAGAUUACACUAAGGACACCCGAAGCUUUGAAUCGAGUUCAAACUUUGUUUGGAUUGAAGCUUGAAAUGAAUUAUCAUGUGAAAAAGGGAAUUAUAGAAUUGAGUGUGCACGAUGGAGAAUCCAUGAUAAUUUUUGAUGGAUUAUUGGAGCACACUCGUAUUCGACUGUUUCCAGCAUUUGAGACUCGACAGACCAAUUGUCAAUUUGAAUUUGAUUCAUCCGAUCAUGACUUGCGUGAAUGA